UCACGCUCACUCUCACUCAACCCUUCUCUCUCCCUCACUCUCAAUGGAGAUGAAGAUGAAGAUCCUGUUCCUCUUCUUCUUCUUCUUCUUCUUCUUCCUCUUCUUCACCCCAAUUCAAGGUGUAGGGAAUUGCAGCUGCAGCAAGAACCAGUCGGAGGGGGGCCGCGGCGCGGCGCAGGCGCUGAAGCUGAAGGCGGUGGCGGUGGCUGCGAUCCUGUCGUCGGGGGCGGCCGGCGUGGUCAUCCCGAUGGCGGGGCGGUCGGUGCAGGCGCUGCGGGCGGAGAGCGAGGCGUUCUUCGCGGUGAAGGCCUUCGCGGCCGGGGUCAUCCUCGCCACCGGCCUCGUCCACAUCCUCCCCGCAGCCUUCGACGCCCUCACCUCGCCCUGCGUCCCCCGCUCCCCCUGGCGCGCCUUCCCCUUCGCGGGGUUCGUGGCCAUGGCGUCCGCCGCCAUGACCCUCAUGCUCGACUCCUUCGCCACCGGCUACUACCGCCGCGCCCAUUUCAGCAAAGCGCGGCCGCUGGACGACGACAACGACGACGACGGCGACGGAAGAGGAGGCGUUGAUGAGGAGGGGAGAGGGGCGCACGCCGGGCACGUGCACGUGCACACGCACGCGACACACGGGCACGCACACGGCGCGGCGGAGACAGCAGGAGCUGACGAGGAGGCGUCGGCGGCGGAGAGGAUUCGCCACCGCAUUGUUUCUCAGGUGUUGGAGCUGGGGAUUGUGGUGCACUCUGUGAUCAUUGGUGUCUCCUUGGGUGCUUCUCAGAGACCCUCCACUAUCAGGCCGCUGGUGGGAGCAUUGAGUUUCCAUCAGUUCUUUGAAGGCAUAGGGCUCGGCGGAUGUAUUGUUCAGGCAAAGUUUAGAGCCAGGGCAACGGUGAUCAUGGCAACCUUCUUCUCCCUCACGGCUCCGAUCGGUAUUCUGCUGGGCAUAGCAAUAUCGUCCAGCUACGAUCGAACCAGCGCGACCGCCCUAAUCGUCGAAGGCCUCUUCAACUCCGCCUCCGCGGGGAUCUUAAUCUACAUGGCUCUCGUCGAUCUCCUGGCAGCGGACUUCAUGAACCCGAGAGUGCAAACCAACGUGCGGCUUCAGUUAGGAACGCAUUUCGCCCUUCUUCUCGGCGGGGGUUUAAUGUCUCUUCUUGCUAAAUGGGCCUAGAAACACAAAAUGCUUCAAGACCGACAACUCGAGGCUAACCCGAGAGGUUUUC